CUGAAGGAAGGAGGGAGGGAGGAAGAGAGGGAGAGAGACAGAGACAGAGUGGGGACUUUUUGAUGUCCCCAUCUGGAGAGGUGGCAUAGGUCUCUCAAUCUGUGACCAGCUGUCUAGUGCAGACUUAAGGCACAACUUGUAGAUAUUGAGCCACGAGAGCAGGGAGGACAGGGGUGAAACAGCAGGUGGUAAUGACUGGUUUCUUUCUCCCUAGAUGAGCUUCAAAUCCCAGGUAAAUGGAGCAGAAGUCCUUGGCUCAUCUUGCCUCUACCUAGCAGGGACUAGGACAGUCCACUCUCUUCCAUAGCUGUGACUUUGGCUUGACUCGAUCAUCUGCUCAACUCAGACCCUGGUAGGGGCAUCCAGCACCAUUAAGUUCUUCUUCUCUGAGGCACUCAUGGGCCAGCACUUCCAGGAGGUGGAGUUAGAAAGCUGCGAGCCUGAGCCUGGAGACCUGUUCCUAUUUAAGUUGCGGUCCCCUAAGGCACAGUGGUGCGGAGCCCACGUGGGUGUUUACUGCGGCCACGGAGAGAUCAUACACUUUGAGGGCAGGGCCCCCAGCAACAGUGGAGUCCAAACACUUCUGGGUUACUGUGAGGGUGUCGUGUGUAAACAGGGGCACCGGGCUCUGCAGCGCUCCAGAGAGCUCUGGCGUGUGCUACGUAGACGCGGUGGUGUUGACCCUAGGGUGCUGGAGAGCCGCAUUCGAGAAGCUAUGGACAAUGAUCCUCCUCCCUACCAUCCCACUAGCAGCAACUGCGUGCAUUUUGCACUGAACCUGUUGGGGGUGGACUCAAUGUCAGUGGACAGGAACCUAACCAGGGAUUAAUGUAACCUUGGGCCCUCCUGAAUGGGCCAGAAGAGGAUUCAGAAAGGAUUAUUAAAGUAUUUUCCCAAAUGUAA